UACAGCUGCGACGCUGACGAACGCUGAGGCGGUGGCGGUGGCGGUGGCGGCGACGGCAGUGAAAAGGGCUGUGGGGAUUCCUCGGUGCGGUUGUCAGGAGAUAUAACAGACUUUCAACUUAAAGAAAGAAAGAAAGAAAAAAAAAAGCACCAAGAUGGGUGAAAAAAAACCAGAGCCUUUGGACUUUGUAAAAGAUUUCCAGGAAUACCUGACCCAGCAGACGCAUCAUGUGAACAUGAUUUCGGGAUCAGUUAGUGGGGACAAAGAUCUUUUGCUUUUGUUUAUAGCUGGAACAGAUGGCGAUCAAAAUGGCCUUGAUCACCCGUCUGUUGAAGUUUCCCUGGAUGAAAACUCAGGAAUGUUAGUAGACGGGUUUGAAAGGACCUUCGAUGGGAAGCUCAAGUGUCGGUACUGCAACUAUGCCAGCAAAGGAACGGCCAGGCUCAUUGAGCACAUCAGGAUCCACACAGGCGAGAAGCCUCACAGGUGUCACUUAUGUCCAUUUGCAUCUGCUUACGAGCGCCACCUGGAAGCCCAUAUGCGCUCUCACACUGGGGAAAAACCAUACAAAUGUGAAUUGUGCUCCUUCCGCUGCAGUGACCGAAGUAACCUGUCCCACCAUCGAAGGCGCAAACAUAAAAUGGUACCAAUUAAAGGUACUAGGUCUUCCUUAAGCAGCAAGAAAAUGUGGGGGGUUUUACAAAAGAAAACAAGCAAUCUGGGGUAUAGCAGAAGAGCACUAAUCAACCUAAGUCCACCUUCCAUGGUGGUCNAGAAACCAGACUACCUUAAUGAUUUUACACANNAAAUCCCAAAUAUUCAGACUGACUCCUAUGAAGCUAUGGCUAAAACUACACCAACUGGUGGCCUGCCAAGGGACCCCCAAGAACUCAUGGUUGACAACCCUUUGAAUCAGCUCUCUACUUUAGCAGGACAGUUGUCCAGCUUGCCACCAGAAAACCAAAACCCUGCCUCUCCUGAUGUAGAUGCCUGCCCUGAUGAAAAGCCUUUCAUGAUCCAGCAGCCCUCUGCCCAAGCAGUUGUCUCUGCUGUGUCAGCAAGUAUUCCUCAGAGCUCCUCCCCCACAAGUCCGGAACCUCGGCCAUCGCAUAGUCAGAGGAACUACAGUCCGGUGGCAGGGCCCAGCAGUGAGCCAAGUGCCCACACCAGUACUCCCAGCAUAGGAAACAGCCAGCCAAGCACUCCAGCUCCAACCCUGCCGGUGCAGGAUCCUCAGCUUCUACACCACUGCCAGCACUGUGACGUGUACUUUGCAGACAACGUCCUUUACACUGUCCACAUGGGGUGCCAUGGGUAUGACAGCCCCUUUCAGUGUAACGUAUGUGGGUGCAAAUGUAAAGACAAGUACGAUUUUGCCUGUCAUUUUGCAAGAGGGCAACACAACCAGCACUGAACACAAUCAACAUUGUUCUCACUUGGUUUGGCCUUUUGGGAGUUUGUAGUUUGGUUUUUAGUUUGAUCAUCCCUAAUAAGGUAUAUGCUCAUUUAAAAUUUAUACAUUCUAGUCUAUAAAAUAGAAGUUUGAUAGUGAGAAAGGGUUUUGUUAACUUUUCAUAAAAGUCUGGUCAGGGUUAUUUAUGCAUUAGAUAGUUAGAUGCAUUGCUGUCUUUUUUAUUUAGACCUAUGAGAGUUAAAGUACAGUUGUAAUCAGUUUCCUACACUUGUCCAUAAGGACUCCCAGGGUUAUCUGUACUCCUGAUGCUUCAGGAUAUACAUUACAGCUAAUGUUCUUUCUG